AUGGGCGAGAACGGCGAAACAAGGAAGAAAAGAGUGUCGUUUGCUGCGGAGGCACAGGUGACAUAUAUAUAUCCCGAUGUCGAAGGAAAAGGCAGCAGUGGGAUGGAGUCUGGAGUUGCUAGUGACGACGAAGUGUCUGUGGAGAUGACAGUGGAUUGCAUUAAGAAUGGCCAAGGAUGUAUUGAGAACGAAGACACGGGUGUGAAUGCGCAGGAGCUGAAGUGCAUGGAUGGUGGCAGGAGAAGCGCGCAAGACAUGAUGUGUACGAACAGUGCAUGUGGAGCUGUGGGCAAUGAUGCAAAUGGGAAAAGCUUACUGAAUACGGACAUUGAUGUGCUGGCAGGAUGGGAGAAAUGGGCUGAUUCUGUGAAUAAUGAGGAGUUUGUGAGAAAUGCAUGCCUGAGUGGCAGGACAGGGGAUUUUGGCAAUGAAUGUAUGCGACCAGUGCAUGAACGAAUGGAUCAGCAUGUGGAUGAGAAUGAGAAUGACGCAAACAGUACACAAAUAGAAAUGCAUGAGAAAGGUAGAGACGUAGACAUGAACGGCAUGGCUCAUGAUGCAUCGAGGGAGUAUGAAGAGCUUGACAACACGCUGCUCAGCAAUGCAACGCUGAAUGUUGAGGAAAUCAUAAACACCCAGGACCUACGGAAGAUCAUACCGCAGGCACGGAGAGAUGCAGUGAAUGUGUCUGAGCUGCUGGUUUCGAAAGGAAUACGGUUUUUGGACAACCUGGUGAUUUCAAGCACACGAAGAGACACGAUAUCAAAGUCGAAGAAUGAGGUGCGUGCAGGGCAAGUGAGGUUCUAUGAGAAGUUUGUGGAGCCUCGGACGCAGUUUCUGAUGGGGUUUAGUGAGAUUCUUGAGGGCAAGAUGAAGAGGCAAGAGGCAGUGAAUGAAAAGCUCGAGGGUGAAUUUGAGAUGAAGGGAAGUGUGUUUGAAGAGGAAGAUGUGUGCAGGCAGCUGAAGUCGCUCAAGAGCGAGUGCAGGAUGAGGGCCAAGAUUGAGUGGUAUGAGCUGCGGAAGGAGAAGGAGCUUGAGUUCAACGAGAUGGUUGUUGGCAGGAAGAAUGAGGCGACAGAUGAGUACAACCGGCUGGCUGAACGAGUUUCAUCGAUUGAGGAAGAGGUUGAGAGGAGAAGAGCAACUAAUCUGCAAAUGGAGGAACAGAUACAAAGGAUCCGCAGCAGGAUUGGCGGGGGAGGAGAUAACAGGCAUAUGAAAAAUGAUGAGCUGAAGGCACAGAUGAGGGAGCAGGACAUGGUUUUUGAAGGCAUCAGGAAGGAGGUGCAUGAUCUGGAGGAGCUGAAGAUGAAGAAAGAGGUGGAGAGAAAGGUGCUAAAUGAAGCAAUUGCCAAGGUAAGUGAUGACAUCAAGGAGCUUGAGAAGGGAUUGGAGGUAAAGAAUGUGAAUGAAUCGCAAUUGAAGGAGAUAAGGCAGGAGUUCAAGACGCUCUGUGCGAUUUUUGGUGUGGAGCUUGUAAGGGUGGAUGUUCAUGGGGUGAGGCUGAGAAUGAUGGGAUACGAAAUAGACAUUGUGAUGGACGAAGGAUUUGUGAUAAGAAUGGUUGAGGUGAAGUGUGUGAGCCUUGAUGGGAAGGACAAGUGCUCAGGGGCAUUGUAUGAGUAUUUGCGAAGGCAUAUUGAGUGUGUUGGCAAGCGUUGUGGAAGCACUCGUAAGUUUUUUUUUGAAGGGAUAAAGGAGAUUGUGUAUGCAAUGCUGGCUGGAGAAGGGUUGAUCAAGGAGUUAAAAGCAGUGAAGUGCAAACACGAUGUCGAGUGUAUAUUAAGGGAUGAAAGUGUGCUGAUAAUCAUAAGGAUGCUGGAUGCAUGCGAGUGUGCAAAAAGAGAGGUUUUGGUGAAUAUUUCGAAUGGGCUUGAAUGCAUGGUUGAGAAGAAUGGCGAGAGAACGGUGUGUGAUCUUGGAGAGCAUGUGGGUGUAUUGCUGAAGGCUGGUGGCCAGAUUGGUUGA